UCAUGUUUUCUAGAACAAAAUAGAAUUAUGGGAUAAUUUCCUUCCAGCUCUCUGCAUCUUUCCUCUUGGUUUCCGCUUCUUUCCUUUUCCCAAAGAGUUCACGCGGCAAUGCCAAAUGUAUAGAAGGCAGACAAAAGAAAGUUCAAUUAUGGUUAGCAAAUUAACAAGCCGAAUAUGGAGAGCCAAGAAGCUUGUGUGAUUGAGAUCCGACCUUCUAUUUCUUCAAAGAGGGCUUUGGAGAAUUGGAGGAAGCUAUCUGCUGGCCUCAAGAAGCCCAACAAGCGACAGUUUCUCUUCAACCCUGCGGCUCGCGCCCUUUGGAUUAAGGAGCAGGAGGAACACUUUCAGACCGUAUUGCAAUUUGUGAAUGCUCGCCAGGAUCGGUUGUCUAACAGCAGGUUGUCUUUGCUUGGCAGUAGUUCCGGUGACGAGUCAAGGCACACAACAAAGGCUACUUCAACAGUAUGGGUCAUUUUACUCACCAACCUCGGCCUAGAGACAUUAUCGGCCGUCUUUGAUCAAAUUGCCUCUCCAAGCAAGCCUGACUAUGCACUAUUCGGAAUGGUGUUGGGGAUUUUAGCUGUGCUAAUUUGCAUCUUGGAGCUCAUUCACAAGGGCAAAAAGGAAGGAGUUGAGCUGAAAAGAUGGGGAAAGUUGUGCUGGUUUUAUUAUCCACCUCCUAAUGAAUCACUUUUUGGUACUUUCCCAGAUAUUUGUGGAUUAGUCAUUGCCAUCUCACAGUAUAUUUGCUCCACUGUUCAGUAUGUUUAUCUGUGCAGGCAUGCUAAUAACCCCAUCAAACUAUCCGUUUUGCCGGCCAUCUUUCUUAUUUGUUUGGCUGGUUCAAAACUAAUUAGGAACAGAAGCUACACCACAAAUGAGACCUUUAAACAUACUACUCAUCAUAUUACAAAGAUUAAUUUUUGUAGAUUUUGGCAUUCAGUUUAGAUUUAGUUUAAACCCGAAUUUAAUAAGUUUUAGUUUGUACCAUAGUUUUAAUUUGCUUGCACGUAUUAAUAUUACUAGCAAGAUCGCCCGCGCGUUGCUGCGGGGUUGACUAUUUUGAA